GGAUUUGAACUACGUGCCGUUUUGGAGUUUUGACGAAUAUAAACAGUCUCGCACUCUCUCCACUGUCUGAACCGAACCCCACUCGAAGAAGUGUCCUCCCUUUACCAGAUCUGAAUCUCUUUCCUUCACAACAUCAUCAUCAUCAUCCAUGGCGUCCUCUGAUUUCGAUGGAAUCCUCUUGGGAAUGGGAAACCCGCUCCUCGACGUCUCCGCCGUCGUAGACCAAGAGUUUCUCAACAAAUACGACAUCAAGUUGAACAAUGCGAUUCUCGCCGAAGACAAACAUUUGCCCAUGUACGAUGAGAUGAGCGAGAAGUUCACUGUCGAAUACAUUGCUGGAGGUGCUACACAGAACUCAAUCAAAGUGGCCCAGUGGAUGCUUCAAAUCACUGGGGCAACCAGUUACAUGGGAUCCAUUGGUAAGGACAAGUACGGUGAGGCAAUGAAGAAGGAUGCCACAGCAGCUGGUGUCAAUGUCCACUAUCAUGAAGAUGAGUCAGCAGGUACAGGAACUUGCGGUGUCUGCGUUGUUGGUGGAGAAAGGUCUCUUAUUGCGAAUCUUUCUGCUGCUAAUUGCUACAAGGUUGAACACCUAAAGAAGCCUGAGAACUGGGCUCUCGUUGAGAAGGCCAAGUUCUACUACAUUGCUGGAUUCUUCCUCACGGUGUCACCAGAAUCUAUUCAGUUGGUUCGUGAGCACGCCGCUGCAAACAACAAGGUGUUCACCAUGAACCUUUCUGCUCCAUUCAUUUGUGAAUUCUUCAAAGACGUUCAAGUGAAGUGCCUGCCGUACAUGGACUAUGUCUUCGGCAAUGAGACGGAGGCAAGAACCUUCUCCAGGGUUCACGGAUGGGAGACCGAUGAUGUUGAGCAAAUAGCAAUCAAGAUCUCUCAGUUGCCUAAAGCCACCGGAACAUACAAGAGGACUACUGUGAUCACACAAGGCGCAGAUCCAGUGGUUGUCGCCGAGGAUGGAAAGGUGAAGAAGUACCCAGUCAUCCCUCUCCCCAAGGAGAAGCUCGUUGACACAAACGGUGCAGGUGAUGCGUUUGUGGGAGGGUUUCUUUCGCAGCUGGUGCAUGGUAAGGCGAUCGAGGAGUGUGUCAGGGCGGGAUGCUACGCUUCAAACGUAAUGAUUCAGAGGUCUGGCUGCACUUACCCUGAGAAACCAGACUUCAACUAAAGCUGAAACUCUCUCCAAGCAUACUACUAUUAUCCCAAAUAAACGUCAGUAGUAUCACAUUUUGAGGCUUUGAUCUAUUAAGUGUACGGUUUUCUUUUUUCACAAAAACUAUGAAGUGAAGUGUGUUUUGGCUUGUUUUUUAUCAUGCUUUUAAUAGAAUUUUUAUUGAUAAAUAAAAUAUUAGAGAAAAUAAAUAUCAUUACGAUACUA